AUGAGUGCAUCUCUACGUACUCUUUAUUGGGAGCAGGACUACUUAUCUACUUUGCAUAUGGCUAUAUAUCUUCAUUCCCCGCGAGAACCUUGCAAAGAGGAAUUUAGCGACUGGCCAAACGGAUUGCUCACGAUCGGGACGUUCGGAAACAGCGAUCUGAACAAAGAUCAAGCGAGCCAAAAUCAACAAGAUCGCACUCCAUCUUCAUCCCAAGACCAAUCACCACAAGACCUCACCAUUGAAGAAGUGUGGAAACUUCAGCAAGAAUUGAAUUCAUUCUUGAACGUGCAACCCCAACAGCGCAAUCCCUCGUCCGAAGCAACAGGCAAUAGCAGUAGCUCCGGCCUGCACCGAUACGCCAGUAGCCCUUUGAGCUCGGAGAUCAUCACCGCCGUAAGAGAAAUCGCCGAGCUAAUUACUCAUGAGCCAAACACAAGAGACGACAAUUUCCAGGAGACAAACGGGGCGGUUGUUUCUCGCAGGUCAGGGAAAGAGAGUGUGGUUUUGGAUGGCGCUAAGAGGCAUGGGAUUGGAAAGAGGUCAUUGUCUUUGCUUAUGAAGAAGGUGUUUGCUUGCAAAAGCGGGUUUGACUAUGAGCUCUCGCCGGUUCGCAGCUUAAAAGACCCUCUCCCCGAGACUAGAACGGAGAAGAUUUUGAAGGCAAUACUUCACAAGAAAAUAUACCCCAGAAGCUCAAGCCAAGCAUUAUCUGCAAAGAGAUGUUUGGAACCAAGGCCAAUGCCCAAAUCAUCACCUGAUCAAGAACAAGUUGACGAGGAGAUGGCGAAAAGUAAAUGGGACAGAACCGAUUCCGAAUAUAUUGUUCUGGAGAUAUAACAACCGGAAAUUUGGCAGGCACGAUAUCAAUACAGUUCAAGGGUUAAAUUUUCUUACUUGUGCUUGUGGUAGUGAGGAGCAAGAUGCCACUUCCUUCGGAGACUACAGAGAAUAAUGCCAUGAAAGUUAAGGAAAGAUGUGAAGAUUUAGGCCAUAUCACAGGAAUUCAAGAACUGUGCAUGAAUGUGAAUGGCAGGAUCAAACAUUGGAUCACUCCCUCAUUCAAACGACAUCAUCACCAUCACACAGUCUUGCCAAGUUUGAACUGCACAUGGAUUUCUUGAAGGAAGAAACCGACGAAUUACAAUAAUCAAAGGUGGAGAAAAGAGCGAGUUAAUGCCCUAAUAGCAUUCCUUAAAA